ACGAAAACGAAGCGCCCAGUAUGGUUAUCGUCGAUCAAUCGUUAAUCCCAAUUGAUGAAAAUAUCAUCGAUUUCAACAAUAACGGCAGUGUCGACGAUGUAAUUUGUGAUGUGUCAACCGAGUCGGCUGAACAUGUGCCAAGUGAAGAAACCAAUGCUGGGUUGAUUAACGUACAAACUAUUAAACAGGAAGUAAUAGACGACGAAUAUGAAAACGUGUACAACCAGUACUUGAGUCAAUGGACUACCGACUCGGACGACUCGGAAACCGAAAUUACCUGUCCAAUUAUCAAGCAAGAAGUCAUCGACCAAGAAUACCACCUGAGUCAGUGGGACGACCGGGUCCCUUCGACCAGUUGGGAGGCGACCUAUACGGAACUAACCGAUCAGAGAAUUAAUGAAGACGAUAGUGACGAUGACGAAAAGUAUAUUCAGUACCUGCGCUAAUAAACUACGUUUAAAAAUAAUUUCACAUAAACUACAUUGUUGUUUAUGUAAUGUAUAUCUGUUUAAUGUUUAUAAUGUUUUUGUA